CGGCGACUACAGUUACAACGCAGCCAACACUCAGGGCAGUUCAGUCGGCGAAUGCUUCUCCCGCCAAAGUACAGGCACCACCGCCAUUGCCAAUCCACUCUUUGGCCGCUCAUUCUCAAACCCCGCUUCUCUUCUUCCACAGUACCCCACCAAUGCCGACUACUCCCCGAUUGCCCCUCCUCCGACACCGACUCCGAUGUUCUCUCCUUCCUCCGUCGCGCCGCACCCUCUCGCUCCGCCGUCUUCUACUGGAACACCCUCAUCAAGCGGAGCGUCUCGCUGCAGAAUCAGAGGACGGCCCUCCACCUGUUCGACGAAAUGCGCCGCCUUGAAUGGGUGCCGGAUGGCUACACUUACCCUUAUGUUUUCAAAGCCUGCGGCGAUCUUUCUUCGUUGCUUGCCGGGGCGUCGGUCCACGCGCUCGCUCUUGUUUCUGGUUAUACCAACUGCAACGUGUUUGUGGACAAUGCCGCGGUCGCUAUGUAUGGCCGGUGCGGUUCUGCUAAUCAAGCGCAGCAGCUGUUCGAUGAAAUGCUCGAGAGAGGGGUGUUCGAUACUAUCUCGUGGAACUCGAUUAUAUCUGUUUAUGUGCACAUCGGCGAGGGUAGGAGGGCUUUACGCAUGUUCGAAAAGAUGGUUUCCACGGGAGAUAUAUCAAUACGUGCAGACGCCGUUAGCUUGGUGAAUGUACUUCCAGCUUGUGCUUCUGUCAAAUCUUGGAGGCGUGGGAUGGAGAUACACGCAUACGCAAUAAGGAGAGGUUUACUCGACGACAUUUUUGUGGGAAAUGCUAUAGUAGAUAUGUACGCAAAGUGUGGAUUAAUGGACGAGGCGAAAAAUGUGUUUGAUAGAAUGGAAGUGAAGGAUGUGGUUUCUUGGAAUGCACUGGUUACCGGCUACUCCCAAACCGGAUAUUUCGACGGUGCUUUAGGAUUGUUCGAGAGUAUGAGGGAGAAGGGCAUCGAACUAAAUGUGGUGACAUGGAGUGCUGUGAUUGCUGCGUACGCUCAAAGGGGACUUGGGUACGAGGCACUCGAUGUUUUUCGAGAGAUGAUAGUCUCCGGAUCACAACCCAAUGCUGUUACCCUAGUCUCGGUUUUAUCCGGUUGUGCUGCGUAUGGUGCAUUGGACCAAGGAAAGGAGACUCAUUGUUGUGUGGUCAAACAGUUUCUCAACUUGGAAGGGAACGACCCAGGCGAUGAGAUGAUGGUGAUCAAUGGAUUGAUCGACAUGUACGCAAAGUGCAAGAGCACCGUAAAGGCUCGCGCAAUGUUCGAUUCCAUCGAGAGCAAGGAUAAAAGCGUGGUGACGUGGACGGUCAUGAUUGGUGGAUACGCCCAACACGGUGAAGAAGCUAGUGAUGCCUUGGUACUUCUUUCGCAAAUGGUGAGUGAUGAAUACAAAAUGAUGCCGAACGGCUUCACUAUAUCUUCGGCACUCGUGGCGUGCGCGCGUAUCGGUGCCCUCAGAGUCGGUAGAGAAAUCCACGCUUACUCAUUACGCAACCGUUACGACGAUGCUAUUGUAUUCAUCUCGAAUUGCUUGAUCGACAUGUACUCCAAAUCGGGUGAUGUGGACGCUGCGCGUGCCGUUUUCGACAGUUUGGCCGAGAAAAACGCCGUUUCUUGGACUUCGAUAAUGACGGGGUACGGUUUGCACGGCCGUGGCGAGGAGGCGCUCGAGAUUUUCGACGGGAUGAGAAAAGCCCGUCUAAAAAUCGACGGGGUGACUUUCGUGGUUGUGCUCUACGCUUGUAGCCACUCGGGCAGGGUUGACGAGGGUAUCAAUUACUUCCAAAACAUGAAGAAGGAUUUCGGAGUGGCUCCGGAAAUCGAACACUACGCUUGCAUGGUGGAUCUUUUAGGGCGUGGGGGGCGUUUGGACGAAGCUGUUGAUCUCAUCAAGGACAUGUCAAUGGAGCCCACUCCGAUAAUUUGGGUGGCGUUGCUAAGCGCUUGUAGGGUCCACGGGAAUGUUGAGCUAGGGGAGCACGCGGUGAAUCGUUUAUUAGAGUUGAAUUUCGAGAACGAUGGGUUAUACACGCUUCUAUCGAAUAUAUACGCUAGUGCGAGGAGGUGGAAGGAUGUUUCGAGGGUGAGGUUGUUGAUGAAGCGGGCGGGGAUCAAGAAGAGGCCCGGGUGUAGUUGGGUGCAGGGGAAGAAGGGUACAGCGACUUUUUACGUUGGGGAUAAAUCUCAUCCGAUGGCAAAAGAUAUAUACAAUCUUCUCGACGAUUUGAUACAUAGGAUUAAAAAAAUGGGAUAUUUGCCCGAGACUGCUUUUGCUCUGCAUGACGUGGAUGACGAGGAGAAGGGGGAUCUGUUGCUUGAGCAUAGUGAAAAGUUGGCUCUUGCUUAUGGUAUUUUGACUACGGCGAGUGGUGUACCGAUUAGGAUUACGAAGAACUUGCGCGUGUGUGGCGAUUGUCAUACGGCUUUUACGUAUAUUUCGAGGAUUAUUGAUCAUGAAGUUGUACUCCGGGAUACGAGCAGGUUUCACCAUUUCAAGAAUGGAUCCUGCUCUUGUAAUGGAUAUUGGUGAAAAAACAGAGCCAAUUUUUUUUUUUUCUUAUUUUGUGGAGUUAUUGGUUAACAAGAGAUUUGAUGUUUAAUUUAAAAGGAUUUGGUUU